CGGAGCGCUGCGCGGCGCCAUGAGGGUCCCGCGGAGCCCGGCGCGGCUCGCCCUGCUCUGGCUGGUGGCCGCGCUCUCCGCCGGCUCGCUGCCGCGGGAGCCCGAGCCGGGAUCCAGCCCGGCCCCCGGCGGGGAGCCCGGAGCGGCGCUGCCGGCCCCUCGCCCUGCCCCCGGCGCGGCGGCGGGGAACGAGCUCAGCCCCGAGGCCACCGCUCCCCAGCCCACCUUCGCCCCCACGCUGCCGCGCCCCGGUAGCCCCCAGCCCAGCGCCGCCGCGGGGCACCCGGACGGGGCGAGCCCAGCGCCGCCGGGAGCUGAGCCCAGCCCCGGCACCGCAGCCUCGCCAGCCGCGGCAGGGUCUCCGCUGCCAAGCCAACCGGCCCCGCGCCUCGACGGCCCCAGCGCCGGCCUCCCCGCUGCAGUCCCGUCCCCACCUGCCGAGGAGGAGGAGGACGUGGCCGCCGGCGGCAGCAGCAGCAAAGACUAUCUGUGUAACUGCAGUGCUCUUGGGAGUGCAAGUGUGAAUGAGUGCAAUACUUCAACAGGACAGUGCGAGUGUCACAAAGGCUACACUGGUCUGCGGUGUGAAAAUUGCGAGGAGGGAUAUCUCCUGAACCAAACCAGUGGGCUCUGCCUUCCGUGUGGCUGCAGUUCCAAAGGCUCUGUCAAUUCCCUCUGUGACAACUUUGGAAAAUGCCAGUGUAAAGUUGGGGUAACCGGCUUCAAGUGUGACCAGUGCCGCGAUGGAUACUACUGGGUCAACCAAACCAGCUGUGAACCAUGCCAGUGCAAUAACUAUUCCAACAGCUGCGAUGUCUUAACAGGCACCUGUUGGAACUGCCAAGGAAAUACAGAAGGAAGCCACUGUGAAAAAUGUAAGGUGGGCUUCUUUAGAAGCAUCCUCCCAAGCCACGAUUGUAACCGCUGCCCAUGUUCAACAGUGGCAUCUACUGGCAGUUGCCAAAUAAAACCUGGUCAACACGCUCCAACGUGUGACAGUUGCAAAGCCGGAUACACAGGCCCAAACUGCGACCAGUGCGACAAUGGCUAUUACAAUUCCGACAGCAUUUGCAUUAGAUGUAAAUGUAACGGGAAUGUAGACCCAGAGCAGUCACCCAAGGUGUGCAAGCCAGACACAGGGGAAUGCAUUGGCUGCCUCCACAACACGUCCGGGUUCCAUUGCGAGGAGUGUCAGGAAGGUUAUGUCAGAGACCCGGAGGGAGCCAACUGCACCAAGAAAGAAGUCAUUCCUGGUCCUGAACCUAGAGGGUUUAUAACUGCUGCUCCCAACACCAGCAGGACAACAUCAUUUUCAACUACGGUGAUAAAUAGUACAUUAGCGCCAACAACUGUGCAGACUAUAUUUCCUGUCAACUCCUCUGACAAUAGUACCUCUGCAUUGGCAGACGUCUCCUGGACUCAAUUUAACAUCAUUAUUUUGACAGUUAUUAUUAUUGUUGUGGUCCUAUUGAUGGGAUUUGUGGGUGCUGUUUACAUGUACCGUGAAUAUCAAAACAGAAAACUUAAUGCUCCUUUUUGGACCAUUGAGCUCAAGGAGGACAACAUUAGUUUUAGCAGCUACCAUGACAGCAUACCCAACGCUGAUGUUUCAGGCUUACUGGAGGAAGACGGAAAUGAAGUGGCACCAAAUGGACAGCUGACGCUGACAACUCCCAUGCAUAACUAUAAAGCUUAAAACAAGAGUCACUCCAGCUAUUCCAAAGUCGGCUUUAAAAAAUUACAGUCCUCGUUGAAGGGGUAUCAAAAUCUGUACCAAGGCACCAAGCAAAGGAAUUUGCUACCCACACACUCUUUUACAUCGGGCAUGGCAUAGCUUGCUGUUGAGCAGGAAAGGAGUGUCGUGCAUAUGAAUUUCAGGUAAAAUUAUUAAAUGCAUUCAGUGUAUUGUUUUCCAUGACGAUCCAUAGAAUUCAUUGCUAAGGACUUUCCAUAAAAUUAUGCUGACCUUAAAGUAUAUUUUUAUAUGAAAAGAUGGUGGGAGGUAGUAACCAAUGCCUCCUGAUGAAUCAAAAGCUACUUUGACUUCCAGCCAAGCGAAGGCCUACACCAGUAGCCUAUAUUUUGAAAAGCAGCCUGUUGAAUUAACAGCGGACUUUCAGAAAAUAGACUUUUGUAAAGACUUCAUUUUAUUUCCUGGUACGAAUUUGUGUUUUUAUAUAUAAAAAGGGAAAUCAUGUUCAUUUCAGUGUACUGCUAAGAGACUUCUAAAUGAGUAAAUGUUACACAAAUACUAAAGUCACCAUGUUCAGUUCUCCAACAAUUUGGGGAGCAGAAACAAUCAAUCAUGAAAAUGUCUGGGGCUGAGGGGAGAAAGAUCACUGUUUUCCCUUUCUGAGUUCUCAUACAAAGAGAUGAUACUAUUAAAACACAGAAAUCCAUUUUCAAUAGAAGGAGUUAAUGAACUUGUAUACAUACUGUACAAGGGAAGACGACAAGACAUCUCAGGGUCACGUGUACAAAUGAAAGCUAGGCUUAAUAUCCUACCCUGAUAGAAAUGGUGUGUUCUGUACAUAGAAUGUAAUAUAUCUUCUCUCCAUUGUAUUUAUAACUAUUUGUAAAAAAAAAAAAAAAAAAAUCAUGAGUCAUAUUUUAUCAUCUAGAUUUUAUCUGUACAGCGGUUAGUGGCAUUGUAAAAAAAAUAUGGGGAUUGUUUAAAAUUGUGUAAAUCAGAUGGCAAUAUUGCUGGAGCUGGGCCUCUGGCAAACACCCAUCAUUUAAAGUUCUUCUUCUGAUAUCACUGAAAGUUUUUUAAAGUUGUCUGUUUCCUACUCGUUAUCUGUAACGAUUCAAACUCCCCAGCUCCUUUAAAGGUAUGGCCCAUAGUAUCAUGAAUAGAGCCUGGUCAAUUUCCAGAGAUCAGGUGUAACAUUUGGUAAUUUGCUAUGAAAUCCAGCACAAAAAGAAAACAUGCCGUUACAAAUACAUAAUUAUUUAUGCCCUGAUCCUGAAAACCAUGAUGAACGUGCGCUGUUGUUAUUCACAAGCGUAAUUUCUUUGACGUCCACGAGACUGCUCGUGUGACUAAAGACUGCUUGGUGUGAUCAAGUAGUGUCAGAGGCGCUGAACUUUGCCUUGCCCCGGUUGAAGAGAAUGGCAACACUCCCAUUGACUUCAAUGGAACCAGGACGUCCCCUAAGAGUUUACAGAUCAGGUUCUUCAUUGCAAAAUUCUAGUUAAAAAAAAAAUUAUAUAGACACUGUCAAGCAAUUUAUGCGUAGAAGUUCUUGUAGCUUUAAGCUGUUGUAUGCUGGGGAGAGUCGGGAGGCUCCGUUGCCAAGAAAAACACGAAGGUCCAUUGGUUAUGCAAAGUCCGACUGUUUUUGUGCAGCGACAGACUAGCUGUUAGCAGAGGGAGCACAGUUAACAGCUGACAGCCCUUUUCUGGCUCAGCAGAAUGGAGAUAGCCACAUGGAAGCAGGAUGCCGCCUUGUUCCCCCAGGUGGCUCUAAGAUGUAGGCCUGAAUACAGGCUCCUAUGCAUAGGUGUAAUGUGGAUGAUGAACGUACUUCCGUGCACCACCGAGGAAGAAUGCUGGCAAUAACGGCCUGUGAGCAGCUGGUUAGAACACCUGACCCCUGAGAGACCUUCUCUCCUGUCCUGUUAACAGCUGGCAGCAGGCAAUGGGGGAGCACAUGCUGAACCUUUUGCCAGCAGGUGUAAGGAGCACUGGACAGUUUGCUCCUUUCAGUGACCCCAAAGCAUUCUGUCUGCAUCUGUGCAGUGUAAAAAUAAUGCCAUGGAGCACCUCGGCUCCACCCUACCUUUCUUCAGUGUGCCUCACGAGCACCAGCGUGGCACAUGGUCCUUUUCAAGAGCCACAUCCAAUCUCUCUCCCUUAUUCUUUUCACUGUACUCACAGGCUGUCUUUGGGCCCAAUCCAACUCCCAUUAAAGCCAAUGGAAAGUCUCCCAUUCACUUUAAUGGAGUUUGAAUGGGAUCAUUUGUUUGAUUUUUUUUUUUUUUUUUUUUUUCCUGAGCUUGGCAAACUGUUACUGUCCUAUGAAAAUCAAUACAUUUAAUGUUUAACAGAGUCAUGAAUCAAGCCCUUUUCCUAACCUGCUCUGACACCACGUAUACAGCUGUGAUGCAUGGGUGAUGGUUCUUUGCAAACGUUUAGAAACAAUGUUGCUGAUAAACAAGGUAGUUAACCAAGGGCUGGUCUAUACUUACGCGCUGGUUCGGCGGCAGGCAAUCGAACCCAGAAGUGCUCCCCGUCGACUCCGGUAAUCCUGCUCGGCGCGAGGAGUACGCGGAGUCGACGGGGGAGCCUGCCUGCCGUGUCUGGACCGCGGUAAGUUCGAACUAAGGUACGUCGACUUCAGCUACGUUAUUCACGUAGCUAAAGUUGCGUACCUUAGUUCGAAUUGGGGGGUUAGUGUAGACCAGGCCCAAGUUGAGCUAUGGCUGGCUCAUGCAAAAUCAGAAACCGAGUGGAAAAGGAGAAUACUGUUUGUUUAUUUAUUUAUUUAAUUUAUUUAUUCUGUUUGUAUUCCACUAGUGCCUAAGGACCUCAGUCAGGGUGGGGGAUGCAUUGUGCUCGGUACUGUACGUACACACAAGAAGUUACAAUCCCUGCCCCCAAAGAUAUUACAGUCUAAUGUCAGAUGUGGCACAAGUAAACAUAACAAAGGGAAUUCGAGAUGGAGAGCAAGGAAAAUAGUGAUAGCGGGGUGUGAUAGACCGUGUAUAAGCCGGAUCCAAAGCCCCCUGAAGUCAAUGGAAAGUCUGCCAUUCCCUGCUGUGGGCUUGGGAUCAGGUCCUAAGUUUAUAAGAAAGUUAGAUUCAAGUCAUUCAGCGAUGUUUUCAGUGAUAAAAUAGAAGGGGAAAAAGACAAAGGAAAAUCAUAGAUUGCACACAAAGCUUUUGAAGAGUGGAUUAAUGACAAUGGAGAGAAAUGACUAAAAACUGUAUGUAAUUACUUGGCAGUGUCCUUUUGUAAUAUCUACUUGCCUGAUGUUUACACAGUGAAAAAAGUAACUUUUCAUAGGCGAUUUUAAUGAUCCCCCGUUUUAGAUUCUGGAAAUAGUUCCUAGAGCAAUAAUGCUGACAGGCAAAGAAAGUGUGAGCACUGUGGCCUGUCAGAAGGCUUUUGGGGGAGCUUGAGGAGAGUUUGCAAAGAAGAUAAGAACGGCUACCGAAUUUUCCUUCUUGAAACCUUGGCAAGCCUGCAGGCUAGUUUAUAACAGGGAUGGGACACGUCUCAUUUGGAUUUCAGAUCCUGGUUUUUGGUUCUCUCCCAUUAUAGAGAGAGUGGGCCAGCUGCAGAGUUUGCUUCUGAGUUCAGAUACUGUCCCCUCCUAUCCCACCAUUAAAAAUGGGGGUGUCUGGUUCUGGCCCUUUUCUGCUUUAUAAGCAAAACAAGAGAAAUGACUAUGAAGGCACUAUAUCCCAGCCCGUGUUUGAUGGAGGGAGGAGGUCAGUUCCCCCUACACUUUGUAAGAGUGGGAGAGCAAUAGGAUUUGGGAUACUUUGCUGAUGGCAAAUUAUCUCACAAAUUUUGAGAAAGCACCUCAUAGACAUCCUGGGGAUCUGAUCCAAAGCCUCCGGAAGUCAAUUGGGUCUUUCCUUUGGACCCUACUUGCCUAAAACUUUUCAAAACCGGCCUGACCUUGCUGGGACUGUGGAGGGAUACUCUAUCUGUUAUAUAGCAGGCUUUGUUUUGGAACUAACAGCCUAGCAGAGACUGGAGACAUCACAGAGGUGAGGCACUAGGGAGGAUGCCUAUAGGAGGGUGAAAUGACUCAGCAGAAGAAACAAAAAUAAUUGCAGUCAGUCACGUCUUUUGGCUGAGAUGAAUAACUGAAUAAGAAAUCAAAAGACAAUUAAAGAAAGAGAAAUUAAAGAGAAACUCCCCUGCUUGAGGUUCAGCCUCGUUCUAUGAUCUCUGGGAGUGGAGCCUGCUUGUAUCCCCUCUGUUAACCACAUACCUGAGCAUCUUUACAAAGGGAGGAAGAAAAUGAGCUAGUUGUAUCUCUUGAUCAGCUUAGAGGGCACCCUGACAUAGCGCGCUGCUUGAAACGUCCACUGGCAACUGCCUCAGCCUGCCAAAGUCCUCCUGUCAUUUUGUUCAUUUUAUAACUUGCCACAGAGCUGCGGAGUCUGCUCCAGAGCAGCUUGGAACGUGCAUGGAUAAGUAGGAAGAGGACAGCACCGAUGCACCAGAGCCAGUGGAGAGACUAAUCAUCAAGUGUAGGGAUGGGGCAUCUAGGGUACUGGGCACAGAUGGCUGAAGUAUCAGUAUCGAUACUGUGAUGGCAUUUACAGACCUCACCCUGAACCAGGGCAGGCAAUAGGCGAUACUGGACUUAGGAAGCCCCACCCCUCAACAGGUGCAGGGCAUGUUCCCAGUAGAGGAAGAGUUUAAAAGGAGACUGGCAGGCCAGGGGGGUAUGGGCUGCAUGUAGUAACCAGGAAAUGGGGCUGAUGCUGUGCCAGGAAUGGUAACAGCUUUGUGAAGGCCCCUCUAGCAGUAGGGAGUUGGAGGGCCCCCUACUUGAUCUUUGGGAGUUGAAAGCCCUAAGAGACUGAGGAGAGUCUACUAAGCCAGUGCCCAUGCCCCAAACUGAGGAGCUUUAGACUGGUAGGAAAUGACCUGGGGGAAAUGUAAUUUGGGGUAGCUCAGUAACUUGGCAAGACAGUUUGAAAAAACUCCAAGAGCCCUGGUUUGGGACCUGCUCAGGUGAGCCUGAGUCCCUCUGCCUUGUCCCCUGGCUCCUUUAUAAUGACUGAAUGGUGAUGGAGCAGUUAGAGCAUGAGGAGCUAGGUGAUUUGAGGCUGCAGCUCGGACCCCUCUGGGAUGACUAGACUAGCAGAAACCAUACUGCCAUGAGCUGAACACUAGGCCAGCUGGUCAUCAGACCUUCCUACUACAGAUACCCACAUCUUUGGUGAUUACCAUUGUUCCACCUGCUAGCAGCUAACUGAAUAGUGUUAAGUCCUACAGGACAUGAUUCAUUUUGGGUGAGACAGUGGGUGGUAUGAUGCAGUAGCUAUGUGUGCAUGGUGAAGAUGGAGUAAUAGGGGGACAUGCCAGUCCAGAGAAAUAGGAUUGUGAAAGAUCAAUGGCUGCUGUUCUUAAUGGUAAUGAUCUUAUGCUCCUGUCAUGGGAAGUGAGCACCAUUUUGGCACAUGCCCCUGCUGGUCUGGAUGAGGCAACUGAAAUCCCAUAGUCAAGUACUUGAGAACAAAAAGACUCCUCUGAUAGUGUGGGUGAAGGGAAAAACAGUAACUUUAUAAUAUGCACAGGGACACCCUGGCUGGAUCACAAGGUAGGAUGCUAUUCUUUGAGCACAGGAUGUGGCAGACAUACAAAAAUAUAAUGGGGCUAAUGUGAAUUUAAGGUCUUGUAUCUCAUGAACCAUCAUAGCCAGAAAUAACGGCAUGAAGUUUUAGGCCUGGGGAGUUAUCAUGAGGUAUCAUAUAUUGAAAUAGUCACUUCCUUGGUCCAGGCAAAAUAAACUUAGACCCUCAGAAGUAAUUUAUGAGGCAAGAUGGAGCCUCUUCACCAUUGUAAUGGCAUUCUGGGGCCGUUGACUUCUGAUAUACAGUAUCUUUAUUCCAAAUGUUAAAUGCAAUAUAAGCGAUCCAGUAUGGUGGCAGACAGUCGGUACAAUCUCUUCUAAAAUGAGGACCUCAGAUUGAAGCCUCCACAAAAUUUCUCUUUAAAGUGAAGUUUUAAAAUUAGCUUCCAAGAAACUCUGCUAUUUAUGUCUCCAAUUAAAAUAAAACGUGGGCCUAAAACAUUAAAAUUACACGUGCUCCCUACUAAAAUCCAGCAGGCUUACAACACAUCCAAAUAAGGUGUCUCCUAAGCAUAUACUAAGCUUACAAAUGCAUUUCUAAAAAAGCUGUGUAUGAUUUGAAUAUGUCAGAAUUUAUACAGAAGAAUGUUAUUUAAAAUGAAUAAAAAUGUAUAUAAUUUGUAUCUAA